AUGAGUGGCUCACAGGACUCUACGACGGAGAAUGUGCACAUUCCGCGGUACAUUAAGAAUCAGCCAUGGUACUAUCGGGACACUAAAGGCGGCGAAGAUGGCAAGGAAGAUUACUUAGUGCACCAUCGGCAGCUGAAAAAGGGUGGUGCUCUUGAAAUUGACAAUAAUUCGGAACCCAAGGUUGGUCAUGGGAUCAGUGAUGAGUUCGAAACUGUGAAGAUUGGCAAACGAGGUGGCCGUCGAUGCGAGAAUUGCGGUGCUACUGGUCAUGUAAGAAGAGACUGUCUUGAGCGGGCUCGAAAAAUACCAAAAUCCGCAGAGGACUCUGGGUUAACCGUUACAGUGCGAAGGGAGACUUCUGAUUCUUCUGACUGGGAUGCAAGGAAGGAUAGAUGGUUUGGUUACACCGGGAAGGAAUACGAUGAAUUGCUCAAGAAGUGGGAAAACCGCAAGAUAGCUAGCGCACAGCCGGAGAAAGAAGAGCUUUGGGAUACGGAUGAAGAAGUGGAACUAAUCAAGUUGGGGCUUUACAAAGAUACGUCUGGGCUGUUAAAGCAAGACGAUUCACACAACACCGCAUUGCACAGGGCCUCAGUACGACUCAGAGAAGACCGAGCAGCAUAUUUGAACGACGUGCACUCACAAGACAUCAAAUAUGAUCCGAAAUCACGUCUUUACAAGAGUGAAGAACUCGGUUCAAUCGACGAAGAGUCCCAUAUGUUCCGCAGACAUCUGACGGGUGAAGCACAAGAACUGGAUCAAUUGAAAAAGUUCACACUAGCACACGCCAAGAAGAUGGGCGUGAGAGAUGAAGUCGAGAGUGAUUCAAAGGUCAGCCAUGUUCUUAUUGCGAACCCAACCAAGUACGAGCAAAUGUUACGCCAAGAGCGUAAGAAGCAACCCCCACGAGAAGCUUCAAUCACAGAAUUACAAGCGAAGAAAACAACUGGCACAGCCCAAUCUCGUAAGGCGAAACAGGAUCUGAAGGACCUCUACGGCUAG